AUGGCUCCCAGCGCAACUCUACCAGUCAGGACAGCCGACUCGGUCGACGCAGACACGUCCAGACCCAGAAAUGAGAAGCCACUGAAAAAGAGCGGCGUUCUAGAUGCUGCGUUCGAAUAUGACGAACUCACCCCGGUAAUCGGCAGGGAGUAUCCCAAGGCCAACAUCGUGGAUGAUAUUCUGAAUGCAUCCAAUUCAGACCAGUUGCUUCGCGAUCUGGCUAUCACCAUCAGCGAACGCGGCGUGGUAUUCUUUCGCAAACAAGAUAACCUCACCAACGACUUGCAGAAGAAAUUCAUUCUCCGAUUGGGCGAACUCAGUUCACGUCCGACUUCGUCGACUCUGCAUAUCCACCCGUUGCUCAAUGGCAACAACGAGUUCGGCGUCCCUGACAACGAGAUCAGCACCAUUUCAUCCGUGGCCUUUAAGAAAUUCUACCCGGACCGAGAGCGCCAGCGUCGAAGCACUCGCAAGUACGAUGCGUCUGCGUGGCAUAGCGACAUCCAGUUCGAACCUAACCCUGCCGACUACACCAGUCUGAGACUAGUUCAGCUCCCGUCCACCGGUGGCGAUACGCUGUGGGCGUCGGGAUACGACAUCUUUGACCGGUUCAGCAAGCCCUACCAGAAGUUCCUGGAGGGCUUGACGGCGACAUUUAUCGGCGACGGGUUUUUGACCGCCGAAAAGGCAGGCAGAGCGACUCUGUACAAGGAAGCCAGAGGGUCCCCAGCGAAUGUUGGCGGGGAAUUGUCCGCCGUGCAUCCGCUUGUUCGAACGAACCCUGUCACGGGCUGGAAGUCUCUUUUUGCCAUCGGCACCUUUCCCAAGUACAUCAACGAACUCAACGUCGAGGAAAGCGAAGAACUGCUUCAGAAGUUUAGGUUGACUCUUCAAGAAAACCAUGACCUGCAGGUCCGGUUCAAAUGGCGAAACGAGAACGAUAUCGCAAUCUGGGACAACCGCAGCGCUUUCCAUGCCGCUACAUUCGACUAUGAAGGCCUGGGAGACCGAUUUGGUAAUCGUGUUGUCGGAAUCGGGGAAAGGCCUUAUCUUGAUCCAAACAGUCUCACCAAGGCGGAGGCACUUGCUGCGGAGGUCAAGGUAGAAGGAUAA